AUGGCUCCUUCUGCUGUCUCAAAGCAGUCUACGCUAGGCGGCUUCAUGAAGUAUCCACCAGGGGCGUCGAAACCUCCUCCGCAGCAGUCAGAUAUCAGGAGUGCCAUGAAGAAGCCGGACGCAAAUGGCAGUAAGGCAAAGGCAGCAGCGAGCACAUCUGCUAGCGCGCAGGUCAAGGAGGAGUAUCGUAUGGAGGAGGAUGCAGUCAAAGAUGAGGAAGAAAGUGAAGAUGAUCUACCCGUAGCUUCGUCCUCUGCACGCGGGAAGAAGAGGAGGGUAGCUGAUUCCGAUAGUGAGCAGGAAGAGAAGGCAAUCCCGGCUGCGAGCAAGCCACCCGCCAAGGCACCGAAAGCCGAGUCUCAAGUGAUCUCCUCGAGCGCCUCGACAUCUACAGCUACAAAGGACAAGGCUUCUGGAGGAGCCGCAGGUAGCAAAAAGCCGUCGGAAGCAGCAAAGACAGCCUCCAAAGUCCCUGCCACAGCACCUGUCCCCGAGGUCAGUGCUUCGUCUUCGAAGACCAAGGUGCAGAGCAAGUCAGUAUCGCCCGGUGAAGAGUCAGAAGAUGAUGCAGAAGCUUCGUCAUCUGCAGGGGAAGAUGACAAGGAGGACCAGAAGGCACAUAAAUCCGUUGCCGCCUUCUUCAUGAAGCCAAGUGAGAAAAAGGCAAACGGCGCUUCCUCUUCGUCAUCCAAAAAGGCAGAGUGGGAGUGGGAGAAGGGGCAGCCCGUACCUUAUGCAGCUUUGGCCCACUCGUUCUCCGCCAUUGAAGCCACAACAAAGCGUCUUGAGAUUCAGGCUCUCCUCAGUGAGCUGUUGACCAAGGUCAUCGAGCGAGCGUCAAAGCCAGAAGAGGUCACACAGGUAGUGUACCUCUGCAUCAAUCGACUCUGCCCAGACUACAUCGGAAUGGAGCUCGGUCUCGGUGAGGGAUUGAUCGUCAAGGCGCUCGCUCAAAGUUUCGGUCGCGAGGUCAGCAAGAUUAAGAAGGACCUCGAGCAGAAGGGAGAUCUCGGUCUUGUUGCACUGGCUUCCCGCGCGAAGCAGCCGACGAUGUUCGCCGGCAAGGCUCUGACUGUCCCUGGCGUCUUCAGUACCCUGAAAGAGAUUGCGACCCUGUCCGGCAACAAGUCGCAGGAACGUAAACUGGGCCUUAUCAAGAAGCUACUGGCUGCGUGCAAAGGCGAAGAGACGAAGUGGAUCAUUCGCUCCCUGGAAGGCAAAUUGCGUAUCGGUCUUGCCGAGAGAACUGUGCUUGUCAGUUUGGCUCAGAGCGCAGUGAACCACCGCAUCGGCAGCAAGAAGCACAAGAUGUCCGCGGAGGAUCUCAGUGCUGAGCUCGAGAAGGGCACAUCUCUUCUCAAGGCAGUGUACAGCGAGAUGCCCAAUUACGAUCGCAUCAUUCCAGCCUUGAUCGAGACCGGUCCUGAAGGCCUACGAAAGUCUUGCCAGCUCACUCCGGGUAUCCCUCUAAAGCCCAUGUUGGCUAAGCCCACCAAGGCCAUCACUGAAGUGUUGGACCGCUUCGAGGGCAAAGCAUUCACUUGCGAAUACAAGUACGACGGUGAGCGUGCACAGGUGCACUUCUACGUGCCUGGCGAGGCCAAAGCCAUCGAAGGUGAGGACGCUGCUCCGACGACUACCGUCGAGGCUCCGGGCGGCUCGUCUGGCAAGAAGGGUAAGCUGGGAGUCUUCUCGAGAAACUCUGAAGACAUGUCCGUCAAGUACCCAGAUCUUCUCGAGAGCAUUCCAAACUUUGUCAAGCCUAGCACAAAAAGCUUCGUCCUGGAUGCAGAGGUCACUGCUUGGAAAAAGGCAGAGAUGGACGAGCAGGGCAAUGUCACCGACGCCGGGGGUCUGCUUCCCUUCCAGCAGCUCAGCACACGAAAGCGCAAGGGUGUCGAGCUGGACAAGAUUGCUGUGCGCGUAAAGCUCUUCGCCUUUGACCUACUCUACAUCAACGGCGAGUCCCUAUUGCACGAAGACCUCGCCACAAGACGUGCCAAGCUGCGUGAGCACUUCCAGCCAGUGGAAAACGAAUUUGACUUUGCCACUUCGCAGGACUGCAAUACCGUCGAGGAGAUUCAGACUUUCCUCGAUGCCUCUGUCGCAGAUCGAUGCGAGGGACUGAUGGUCAAGAUGCUGCAGGGUGAGGAUGCCUUUUAUGAGCCUUCGAGACGAUCGAUGAAUUGGCUGAAGCUCAAGAAGGAUUACCUCAGCGGUACGGGAGACUCUCUCGAUUUAGUGGUCAUUGGAGGGUAUUACGGCAAGGGCAAGAGGACACAUGUGUAUGGCGCUUUCCUACUCGGGUGUUGGGACGCAGAUAGCGAGAGUUUCCAGAGUGUUUGCAAGAUUGGAACAGGAUUCUCCGAGGCCAACCUCGAAGCCUUCACUGCGCAGCUUAAGCCCCUCGAGCUCACAGUGAAAAAGGGCUACUACGACGUGGGCGGCGCGGCUCCGGACGUCUUCUUCGAGCCCAAGAUUGUCUGGGAGGUCCUCACUGCCGACCUCUCCCUGAGUCCCGUCUACACUGCUGCCAAAGGAGCUGUAGAGUCCCGGGGUAUCUCACUACGUUUCCCGAGAUUUAUCAGGAUUAGGGAGGAUAAAGAUGCAGAGGACUCGACUUCGCCAGAGCAGAUUGCGGAUAUGUAUAGGGCUCAGGCCUCGGCUGCCAAAGGUUCCAAGGGAGGGGGUGGAGGAGGGGAGGAUGAGUAUUGGUAA